AUGGCCCGUCUUAACAACAAAGUCGCUAUAGUCACCGGCGGAGGCUCCGGCUUCGGCGCUGCCAUCGCAACCCGCUUCGCAUCCGAAGGAGCAAAAGUCAUCGUCGCGGACAUCAACACGGCCGGCGGCGAGAGCGUCGCCGCCCAAAAUCCCGAGAACAUCAUCUUCCAGAAGGUCGACGUAACGAGUCCCAGCGAUUGGGCUGCUGUGGUUAAGACUGCAGUCACAAAGUUUGGAAAGUUGGAUAUACUGGUGAACAAUGCGGGGACAAGCUAUCGGAAUAAGGUCCGUCAACUCUCGAUCUUCUUUGGCGUCAUGGCUCACAAUGUACAGCCAACACUAGAAGUAACUGAAGCCGAAUGGGAGCGUGUCUUCAACGUCAAUGUCAAGAGCAUCUUCCACGGUUCGCAAGCUGCCAUCGCAAGAUUGAUCGAGCAGGGCCACGGCGGCAGCAUAAUCAACAUCUCCUCAACGGGCGCCAGUAGACCGCGGCCGGGAUUGGUUUGGUAUAACGCGAGCAAAGGGGCUGUUUCGAAUGUUUGUCCCCUUGCCCCUAUUUCCCAGAGUGAAUAA